CCGCCGCCGGGGCCCUGCUGGCGCUGUGUGGCCUGCGCGCCGCGGUGGCGCCGGGCGGGGCCGCGGCCCCCACGGGCUGGGCCGUGGCCCAGGGCAGCAGGGCCCCUGCGGCGGGCGGCCCGGCACGCCUGGCGCAGGGGCUCCCGUUCGAGGCGGCGGGCGAGUGCAGCCGUGUGGCGAUGGCUGGGCGGACGACCUCGCAGGGCCCGAGCGUCUACAACGACGGCUGGAGGCAGGGGCGGUACAACCUGUGGAUGGAGGAGCAGAUGGGCGGCAAUUGGAUGAACAUCACCCAGCUGAAGGAGUACACCCACCCGAGCGGGCGGCUGAAGUCGCGCUACCUGACCAAGCUGUUCAUGUCGAACCACAAUCGGGCCAUGAUCUACAUCAAGCGGCUGCAGUGCCUCGGCCUGAUGCCCUACCACCGGAUCCAGGCCAAGAUGGCCAACGACCCCGCGGCGCUCCCGCCGCCGCCCAAGGUGCAGUUCAACAGCGGCGGGGAGCGCCCUGCCCAGUCGCGGCAGCUGCUGGGGCAGGACGAGGCGGCCGCCAUCUGAGCGCGGCUUCCUCUGCGGCCCCCGGGCGCGGCAGCCCCCCGCCCACCGCUCCCCAGAGGAUUUGUGACUCGGCCAAGGGCCGCCGCUCGACGCGCGAAAGGAAAACGCUGCCGGCCACAUGCGAUGGAGGCUCGAAUCCCAGACACCUCCUCCUCCUCCUCCC